CCAAGGGAAGAUGUGGCUAGGCGUCCCGCCACCCGUAGUGGAAAGGAGGAAAGAAGCAAUAGGGAUUGCUAAAGUGUGUGCUGAGGAAGCCGGGAAGGGAAGCUCCCUGGACUAGGAGUUUUGACGCGGGAGCAGGGUGGCGGGAAAGAUGCAAGGGGAGCCAAACCCUAGUGCUUCCCUUAUUGACAGAACCAUCAAGAUGAGAAAAGAAACAGAAGCUAGGAAAGUGGUUUUAGCCUGGGGACUCCUAAAUGUAUCUAUGGCUGGAAUGAUAUAUACUGAAAUGACUGGAAAGUUGAUUAGUUCAUAUUAUAAUGUGACAUACUGGCCUCUCUGGUAUAUUGAGCUUGCCCUUGCAUCUCUCUUCAGCCUUAAUGCCUUAUUUGAUUUUUGGAAAUAUUUCAAAUACACGGUGGCACCAACAAGUCUGGUUGUUAGCCCUGGACAGCAAACACUUUUAGGGUUGAAAACAGCUGUGGUACAGACUACUCCUCCACAUGAUCUGGCAGCAUCCCAAAUCCCUCCCUCUCCACCUUCCCCUUCAAUUCAGGGUCAGAGUGUGCUGAGUUAUAGCCCAUCUCGUUCACCCAGUACCAGUCCCAAGUUCACCACCAGCUGUAUGACUGGAUACAGCCCUCAACUACAAGGUCUGGCCUCAGGUGGCAGUGGUUCUUACAGUCCUGGAGUGACCUACACACCUGUCAGUGGUUAUAAUAAGUUGGCAAGCUUUAGUCCCUCUCCUUCUCCUCCAUACCCUACUACUGUUGGACCAGUGGAAAGCAGUGGAUUGAGAUCUCGCUACCGUUCUUCACCCACCGUCUAUAACUCACCUACUGACAAAGAAGACUACAUGACAGACCUACGGACUUUGGACACUUUUCUUAGAAAUGAAGAAGAGAAACAGCAUAGAGUUAAGCUGGGGAGCCCAGAUUCGACGUCUCCUUCUACCAGUCCUACUUUCUGGAACUACAGUCGUUCUGUGGGAGAUUAUGCACAAACUUUAAAGAAAUUUCAGUAUCAGCUUGCUUGUAGGUCUCAGGCCCCAUGUGCUAAUAAAGAUGAAGCUGAUCUCAGUUCUAAACAAGCUGCAGAAGAGGUUUGGGCAAGAGUGACUAUGAAUAGACAACUUCUUGAUCAUAUGGAUUCAUGGACAGCUAAGUUUAGAAAUUGGAUCAGUGAGACAAUAUUAGUGCCACUUGUACAAGAGAGUGAGUCUGUCAGCACACAGAUGAGACGAAUGGGUUGUCCGGAGCUACAAAUAGGAGAGGCGAGUAUUACUAGCUUGAAACAAGCUGCUCUGGUCAAAGCCCCUCUCAUUCCAACUCUGAAUACAAUCGUGCAGUAUCUAGACCUUACACCAAAUCAGGAGUACUUGUUUGAAAGGAUAAAAGAACUUUCUCAGGGAGGUUGUAUGAGCUCAUUUCGAUGGAACAGAGGUGGAGACUUCAAAGGACGAAAGUGGGAUACAGACCUGCCCACUGAUUCUGCUAUCAUCAUGCAUGUAUUUUGCACCUACCUUGAUUCUAGAUUACCUCCACAUCCUAAGUACCCCAACGGAAAAACGUUUACUUCUCAGCACUUUGUUCAGACACCAAAUAAACCAGAUAUUACAAAUGAAAAUGUUUUUUGCAUUUAUCAGAGUGCUAUCAACCCUCCCCAUUAUGAGCUGAUCUACCAGCGUCAUGUAUACAGUCUUCCAAAGGGCAGAAAUAAUAUGUUUCAUACAUUGUUAAUGUUCCUUUACAUCAUAAAGACCAAAGAGUCAGGAAUGCUUGGGAGAGUUAAUCUUGGUCUAUCCGGUGUGAAUAUUUUGUGGAUUUUUGGCGAAUAGUAGGUCAUCAAAUUUUUAAACAUUUGGACUUCCGUUUCACUGAACAAGAAGUUGAACCUAAGUAUCUCCAAGUACUGCGUCUUAUGAAAUAAGAUACAUGUGUGUAUGUUAUAGACUCUUCAGAUUUGAUGAAAAAUUAGCUGUUAUGAAACUUCUUUGUGAAAAUAUGUCCUGUAUCUUCUACAAGAGACAUUACCUUUGAUUUUAUAUCACAUUUCAGAAAUUUCAGUCUACUAUAAAACUGCAACCCUUCAGGUUUUUGUUGACCCCAAACAGUGCAAUUCCACCUUAACUGAAUAAGUUUGGGCCCUUUUUUAUUGAAAUCACAGGUGAGAACCAUGCACCUGAUUGUUCCACCAUGAGAAGUUUUUUCAGUUAUUUAGUAGUAUAAGUACCUAAAAAGAAAGAAAAUUGCUAAUUUGUUUUUUUCUCUAUAUUUCUCCAGUGUUCUGCAAAUCAGCCCAAAGCCCAUAUUCAAAGAAAUGAGAAUAACUUAAGUGAUGUAUUAGUCCAUAUGUAUUUUUAAAUAUUAUUAGAGAUUUGUCAGUAUUGGCGUUUAAAAAGUCUACUGUUAGAUUAAAUUUAGCUGGUAGAAUUAAACUUCUUGGGUUUUAGUUAAGAGUCUGAGGACAUCAAGAAAACCAUUCACUGCUUUGGUUUUACAUAGCAACUUGGUUUUACUAUUCUAUAAUAUGGUGUUCUUUUAAGAGUUUCUUCUUUAAGAACAUAGUGAGUGUUAAAAUGUUUUAGAUAUGUUUAAAAUAUCUGGAGAGUGAAAAGUUGCCAAGUUUCUAAGUUUUACUUAAUUUUCCAUCUUUAUUUUCUACAUGUAUAUGUUGUAGCUAGCAAUUGCAUAUAUUUUCUUGAUUAACAUUAUUAGUGACUGUUUCCAUUGCCUUAUGUAAACCUGGAAACAGCUAAAACCAGUAUCUUUUGAAUAACUUCAUGUCAGUAUUA